AUGGCUCCUAUUCAAAAUUCGGCUGUUAUCUUUGCAGAGAUUCCUUCUGAUUAUCCUGUGCCUGGUAAACAUCUUAAAUAUGUUAAAGACCGAACGAUUGAUCUUGAUAACGUCGAUAUGCAAGGUGGUAUUGUCACAAAGAAUCUUGUUAUAUCUAUUGAUCCAUAUAUGCGAGGUCGAAUGAGAUCAGCUGAAGCAAAAAGCUAUUCACCUGCAUUUGAACUUAAUCAACCAUUGACAAAUUUUUUUGUCGGAAAAGUUGUCAAAUCUGAAAAUGAAAAGUUUAUUGUUGGCCAAUAUAUUUAUGGAUUUGGAGGUUAUGAAGAAUAUACAGUUCAUUCAAAAGCUCAAACAGAUUUACUUCAAGUUAUAAGUGAGGAACGAAUUCAACUUGGAUUACCCUUAACAACAUGGGUAGGAGCUGCUGGUAUGCCUGGCCAAACAGCUUAUCAUGGAUUUUAUCACAUUGGAGAACCGAAAAAAGGCGAAACAAUCUUUAUUACUGGCGCAUCUGGUGCUGUCGGUCAAAUUGUUGGACAACUCGCUAAACGUGAAGGUUUGACAGUUAUCGGAUCAGCUGGUACUGAUGAUAAAGUAAAAUGGCUUCAAACUGAACUUCAUUUUGAUCAUGCAUUUAAUUACAAAACAGCUGAUGUGAAAGCUGAACUUGCUAAAUUUGAUCCAUUAAAUAUUUAUUUUGAUAAUGUUGGUGGUGAUCAACUUGAAGCAGCACUUGGUGCUGCUGCUAAUCAUGCUCGAUUUGUUGAAUGUGGAAUGAUUUCACAAUACAAUACACCCGAUGCUCAUGGUAUUCGUAAUCUUAUAUUAAUUGUUGCAAAACGAUUGAAACUUCAAGGUUUUAUUGUCUCAGAUAAACUAAAAGAGCCAAGUUUUCAUCAAGAAUUCUAUUCGAAAAUUCCAAAAUGGAUUGCUAAUGGAGAAAUCAAAGUGAAAGAAGAUGUAACAAAAGGUUUAGAACAAGCUCCUGAAGCAAUACUUGGAAUUUUUCAAGGAAAAAAUUUUGGUAAAGCAGUUAUUCAAAUAGCUGAUGAAUAA